GACGCCAUCUACAGGAAAUCAGUUUUCAUUUUGGCUACGUGGAAGUAGCUCCCGGUACAGCCCAGACUGAGAGCGUCUGCUUGUCCUUCAACUGCAUUCAGUCAAAAUGAUUAAAAAAUUUGAUAAGAAGGACGAAGAAUCGGGAAGUGGAUCAAAUCCUUUCCAACACCUGGAGAAGAGUGCAGUCCUGCAAGAGGCGCGUAUCUUCAAUGAGACCCCUAUCAAUCCAAGAAGAUGCCUCCACAUCCUCACCAAGAUCAUCUACCUUCUCAAUCAGGGAGAGCAUUUUGGGACCACAGAAGCCACUGAGGCUUUCUUUGCAAUGACAAGGCUGUUCCAGUCUAAUGAUCAAACCCUGAGGAGGAUGUGCUACCUGACUAUUAAAGAGAUGGCAAACAUCUCUGAGGAUGUCAUCAUUGUCACCAGCAGUCUAACUAAAGACAUGACUGGUAAGGAGGAUGUAUACAGAGGUCCAGCCAUUAGAGCCCUGUGCAGGAUUACAGAUACCACCAUGCUGCAGGCCAUUGAACGGUACAUGAAGCAGGCUAUUGUGGACAAAGUGCCCAGUGUGUCCAGUUCAGCUCUGGUCUCCUCUCUGCACAUGGUGAAGAUGAGCUACGAUGUGGUGAAGCGCUGGGUGAAUGAAGCCCAGGAGCUGGCUCCUGCUGUUUCAGUGCUCCAGCUCUUCUGCAGCUCCCCUAAAGCCGCCUUGAGAUAUGCUGCUGUCAGGACCCUCAACAAGGUUGCCAUGAAACACCCAUCAGCUGUGACUGCAUGCAACUUGGACCUGGAGAACCUGAUCACAGAUUCCAACCGCAGCAUUGCAACUCUGGCCAUCACUACGCUCCUGAAGACUGGCAGUGAGAGCAGCGUGGACCGCCUCAUGAAACAGAUCUCCUCCUUUGUCUCUGAAAUUUCUGAUGAGUUCAAGGUGGUGGUGGUGCAGGCCAUCAGCGCCUUAUGUCAGAAGUAUCCCAGGAAGCACAGCGUCAUGAUGAACUUCUUAUCAAACAUGUUGAGAGAUGAUGGUGGCUUUGAGUACAAGCGAGCCAUUGUGGAUUGCAUCAUUAGCAUCAUCGAGGAGAAUCCUGAGAGCAAAGAGACGGGUUUGGCCCACCUGUGUGAGUUCAUUGAGGACUGUGAGCACACAGUGCUGGCCACAAAGAUCCUGCACCUGCUUGGCAAAGAGGGACCGCGGACCCCGCAGCCCUCCAAGUACAUUCGCUUCAUAUUCAACCGGGUGGUGCUGGAGAGCGAGGCGGUCCGUGCAGCUGCUGUGAGCGCUUUGGCUAAAUUUGGUGCUCAGAAUGAUGAUCUUCUGCCGAGCGUCCUGGUUCUGAUGCAGAGGUGUAUGAUGGACAGUGAUGAUGAGGUGCGAGAUAGAUCUACCUUCUACAUGAACGUGUUGCAGCAGAAGCAAAAAGCUCUGAAUGCUGCGUACAUCUUUAAUGGGUUGUCCGUGUCCAUUCCCGGUCUGGAAAAGUCCCUCCACCAGUACACUCUGGAGCCCUCAGAGAAACCUUUUGAUAUGAAGUCUGUACCUCUGGCAACAGCUCCAAUCACAGAGCAGAAAACAGAAAUUGCUCCUGUUGCUACAAGCAAACUGCCAGAAAAGUUGGGUCCAUCACGCCAGGACAUCUACCAAGAGCAACUUGCAUCCAUCCCAGAAUUCCAGACCCUCGGCCCGUUAUUCAAGUCGUCAGAAGCAGUACAGCUGACAGAAGCUGAGACAGAAUACGUGGUUCGCUGCAUCAAGCACACAUUCGCCCGACACAUGGUGUUCCAGUUCGACUGCACAAACACUUUGAACGACCAGCUGCUCCAAAAGGUUGUAGUACAGAUGGAGCCAUCAGAGGCUUACGAGGUGGUCCACUACAUCCCAGCACCCAGCCUCCCCUACAGCCAGCCUGGGUCCGCCUACACUCUGGUGCAGCUGCCUGACGACGACCCUACUGCCGGUAUGAAGGCUGGAUUUGUUUUAACUAACGUCCCGACUUUUAUACUUAAAUUUAGUGUCAAUUCUGUCUUCUUGAAACCUAAUUUUGGAGCAGCGUGGGAGGAAGUGGGAGACGAGUACGAGAAGGAAGAGACGUUCGCUCUGGCGUCUGUGCGAACGCUGGAUGAGGCGGUGGGGAACAUCAUCAGCUUCCUGGGAAUGCAGCCUUGUGAACGCUCCGACAAAGUUCCAGAAAAUAAGAACUCUCACGUCCUCUUCCUUGCUGGCGUUUUCCGAGGAGGCCACGACGUGCUGGUUCGGGCUCGUCUGGCGCUGGCUGAUGGCGUGACCAUGCAGGUGACGGUCCGCAGCAGUGAGGAGACCGUUGUCGAUGUGAUCCUGGCCUCUGUCGGCUAGAAAUCUGAACCCAUCACAGCCAUUUAGCAUGUAACAACCCUAAUCCAUCUCUUUGUCAGUCCUUAAACUCGUUCUUGUGGCUAUGUCAACCAGAUAAAUGUUUUAUAUCUUCUAUAUAAACUAAAACAUUUCUGUCUUAUUUUUUUCCAUCUUCUGUUCUUAGAAAAUAUUGUUUCAUUCAGUUUCACAAUAAAGUAAAUCAGAAUGCAAUUAAGACUUUUUUUUAACAAAAUUACUUAUAUAAAAAGAGUUAACAUUUAGCAUGAUGUAGAAAAUGAAAUCAAAAGUAAUUCAGAAUGUUGGAUUCAACAGAUAUGAACAAUAUUACAGUAGUUGAUCAUCUCAGGUUUCUAUAAACGUGCAUUUGUUUUCCUCAGACUUCACUUUAGCUCCUAACAUUCCUCACUGAGGGUUGAAAAUCAUUUUGAUCUGGUUUUGAUUACUCACACAAGGUGCCUGUGUCAGAUCUGUUCAGAAAGAGUGGAUGAAAUUAAAAUAAGCUUUUAGGAAGCCGAUGGGGUCCUCCAGCUGAGGGUAGUGACUGAUGUGGUCGUCCAGAAUUGUGAUGGUCGACGUCUUCACCAGAUACCUGCAA